ACCAAUCCCAAAAACAGGCGGCGUUCUGGAAUCGUCUGGCGGCGAUGGCGGUAGAGGCAGCGAAGCCAGUGAUGGUGAUCGGAAUCGACGACAGCGAACACGCAGUUGCCGCUCUGGAGUGGACAUUGGACAAAAUUUUUUCUCGAACAGGACGAUUACAACCGUUUAAGCUCGUCGUUGUUCAUGUCAAACCAUCUCCCGACGUCUUCGUCGGCGUCUCCGGACCAGGAAGAAUUGCAGGAUCGGUUGAAACCUACCAAGCUCUGGAUGAUGAUUUGAAGAGAAAAGCUGCGAGAACUAUCGAACUUGCCAGAGAAAUUUGCGCUGCGAAAUCGGUUUUUGAUGGUGAAUUCGAGGUUGAAGAAGGAGAUGCAAGGUAUGUACUGUGCGAGGCGGCUAAUAAGCACCGGGCUUCAGUGCUUGUAGUAGGAAGCCGUGGCCAUGGAGCUAUUAAAAGUGCUUUGAUGGGAAGUGUGAGUGACUAUUGCGCACAUCAAGCACCUUGCAGUGUCAUGAUUGUGAAGAUGAAGGAGCGUAGCAACAAAAACAGUGCUUAAAUAACUCAAAAUCUGUAUUUCUGUUUGUAUUUCUGAAUCUUAUUGUAUUUUUAAGACGGGAUACUUGAAAGUUAUUUAAUCUUUUUAAUUUUCUUUUUAA